UUCGCCUGUCUGGCUCCGGAUCUCGCAGGAAGAAGGUGAGGCAGCGCUCCACUUGACAAAGGGCGUGAUAUACCUUCGUGGCUCAACCGUAGAUCCAUUCUAGUUCCCUUCGACAGCAUUGUA